AUGUCGGAACAAUUUCCCAUCCAGCCUAUUGGGCGUUUCUAUGCCGCAAGCCAGCCGGUCAAACGACCAAAGGAGUUUGCUUGCUUCUCAUAUGACGAUAACCAUGAGUUCCAUCUAGGCGACUCUUCAUUGAGAUACUACUACCCACCUACCCUCGGCGCCGACCUAUCCAAAGGCUAUGAUACCUUUAUCAAGCACGACGACUCUCAGCCCGAGCACCUAACAGCUCUUCUCAAGACGAUCAAGGCUCACGAGGAGGAGACGGGACUGCAUGUACGGCAAGCACAGCAACGUCGUGACGAUUCUAUCCCUUCCGGCCAGACUGACAAGUGGAAUAGUUACAUUGAAGAGAAUCACGAGUACAAAGUGGCGUCUCAGAAGCAGCAAAACGCACAGCAGAGACGGGGACCGAUCCCGCCCGAAGUGAUGCAGUUCUGGGGAUACAAGUUCGAGACGUUGGCCACGCUCCCCAACACCUGGGGCGAAACGCCCAGAGAAUACAUCGAGAACAGAGACGUCGAGGUGGUGAACAACAAGGCCCAAUACUGCUCCGUAGUCAGGACUGGUAUAGGACAAACCGUAAUCUGCAUAGGCGGCGAAGUCGACGCCGUCUGGGACUCGAAGCCCCAAAAGCAGGGCGCCCCCACAAACUGGGUCGAGCUCAAGACCAGCCUCGCCAUCCGCGACGACCGCGACGUCGACAACUUCCACCGCAAGCUCAUGAAGUUCUGGAUCCAGUCCUUCCUCCUGGGCGUCCCCAAAAUAAUCGUCGGCUUCCGCAACCGCCACGGCACCCUCACCGACGUCGAGGAGAUUGAGACUGAAAAGAUACCCGAUACCGUCCUGCGCCGCGGGAAAGCGACGUGGAAUGGCGACAUGUGCGUCAACUUCGCCGCCGAGUUUCUCGUUUGGCUUCGGCAGACGAUCAACGAUGACGGCGUGUGGAGGAUACGCAGGCGGGCGGGCGAGCCCACCAUUGAAGUCUUCAAAGUCGACGAGGCCGGGCACGGGGAGCUCUUGACGGACGACUUCAUCAACUGGAGGAUAAAGCUCUCCAUGAAGAAUGUCCCAUUGGCGGAGGAGCCAUAG